AUCAAAUCCUCUUCACUUUUUGUAUUCCACAACCACAACAAUAUAUCUGUUUCACUCUUCCAACCAAAUGGCUCUUGUGCCACAUUCAAAAUGCACUUUUCUUUUCCCAAUCAUUUUCCUCUUCUUGACAUUAUCAUCAUCAAUGUCACAAGCAGAGCUUGAUUCUCAUUACUAUGAUAAAACAUGUCCACAAGCAGAGAAGAUCAUUUCAGACACGGUAGUCAGUGCUUCCAAAUUUGAUCCAAAAGUUCCAGCUAGGAUCUUGAGGAUGUUCUUCCAUGACUGUUUCAUAAGGGGUUGUGAUGCAUCAAUAUUGUUGGAUUCAACUCCUACAAAUCAAGCUGAGAAAGAUGGUCCUCCUAAUCUCUCUGUUCAUUCAUUCUAUGUUAUUGAUGAAGCCAAGACCAAGCUUGAGAAAGCUUGCCCCCACACUGUUUCUUGUGCUGAUAUAAUCGCCAUUGCGGCUAGAGAUGUUGUAGCAUUGUCUGGAGGACCACAUUGGAAUGUGCUAAAAGGAAGGAAAGAUGGAAGGGUGUCAAAGGCAUCAGAAACAGCAAACCUACCAGCACCAACCUUGAACGUGAGCCAACUCAUUCAGAGUUUUGCAAAGAGAGGUUUAGGUGUUAAAGACAUGGUCACUCUCUCUGGUGGCCACACUCUUGGCUUCUCACACUGCUCCUCUUUCCAAUCCAGAAUCCGUGCCUUCAGUUUGCUGCAUGACAUUGACCCUACUUUGAACACCCAGUUUGCCCUAGACCUCAGAAACAAGUGUCCAAAACCUAACACAAACUUCAGUGCUGGACACUUUUUGGACUCAACAGCAUCGGUGUUUGACAAUGACUAUUACAGGCAGCUGUUGGUGGGAAAGGGUUUGUUCUCAUCGGAUCAAUCACUUGUUGGGGACCAAAGGACUAGGUGGAUUGUGGAAGCGUUUGCUAAGGACCAGGGUUUGUUCUUCAAGGAGUUUGUGGCUUCCAUGUUGAAACUUGGGAAUGUUGGGGUGUCCCAAAAUGGGGAAGUGAGGCUCAAUUGCAAGGUUGUGAAUUGAGAAGAGUGGGGGGGGAGAGAUCGGUGUAGUAAUUAAAUUAGCACCGAUUUUUAAUUUGCUUCUUUCCAACCUUUGGUGUUUGGAGAAAAUGGUCUAAUGAUGUGUUGUUUAAACUUUGUUUAAAUAAGAGAAAUUAAGUGUUACUUCUACAUCUGUUUCUUGUCAU